CAGAUCCCUGUGAACAGCCAUGGCAGGGGAAGGGGAGCUCAACCGUGUCAUCAAGGACCUGCAGAAGACCGUGGCCGAGCUGAAAUGCAGCUACCAGGAGCAGAAUCUGCCAGUGACAGACGGGAGCCGGGAGCUGCACAGCCUCUGUGCCCAGCUAGAGUUCCUCCUCCAGUUUGACCUCAAGGAGAAGAGGAGCUUCUUUGGGCAGCGCAAAGACUAUUGGGACUUCUUGUGCCAGGGCCUAGCACGGUGCCGGCAGGAGCAUGAAGGCAUUCAGUUCGUCACCUCUCUGGACAAGCUAAAGACCCCCGUGGGCAGGGGCCGAGCCUUUCUGCGGUACUGCCUGGUGCACCGGCAGCUGGCAGAGUCCCUGCAGCUCUGCCUCCUCGACCCUGAGAGCCUCUGCGAGUGGUACUACGCCCGUAGCCCCUUCCUGAACCCCAAACGGCGAGCAGAGAUCCUGGGCUGCCUCUAUGAGCUGGACUGUGUCACCUUCCACCUGGCCCUGCUUAGGGAUGACCUGGACACCGCCUGGCCCAUGUUCUCUGAGCCACUGGUACGGCCCAGGCCCGUGAUCAGGAGCAGCCCAGCAAAGACAGCCCUGCAGACUGACAGUGUCGGCACUGCGGCGCAUGGAUCAUCCGAUGGCAUUGGCCACCCCACUGUGGCACUCCAUGCGGCACCGGCCCAUCCGUGCCCACACACCACGGCCACCCUGCAGGAAGGGAGUGUGGAAAUGGAAGAGGGAUACGUAGAGCACAGGGAGGUGAAGAAGGACACGGAAGAGGAGGAUGAAGAGGAGGUGGAGAAGGAUGACAGUGAGGAUACAAAGGAGGUGAAGGCGGAGAAUGUGGAAGUGGACGUGCAGAAGGACGUGGAGGAGGAUUUGGAAGAGAAGGAUGAAGAGCUGAAGGAGGAUGAGAAGGAGGUGAAGGACGUGGAUGUAGAGGAACUGGAGGAUGCAAAUGGUGCUGGCAAAGCAGUCCAGACUGAUGGUGCUGGAGAGCCUGGCAUGUCCCCACUGCCCGCUGGCACAAGGUGCAUGCUGGGGUCCCUGUCACUGGUGCCCAGGCAGCCAGGUGGGACAGAGGAAUCCCUGCAGGCACAGGUGUCCCGGCUGAGGGCCGAGCUGGCUCAGCGUGAGGCGGCAGCACAGGCGCUGGCGGUGCAGCUGGCACAGGCAGAACUGCAGCACCAGCGGCAGGAGGAGGGCAGUGCCCGGCAGGCCCAGCUGUGGGCACACGAGGCCGAGGCACUGCGGGAAACCAACGCCUUCCUGGAGCGGGCACUGGAGGCAGCGCUGGCAGCGGGGGACCUGGGGGCACUGGCACGGGCACAGGAGGAGGCACGGGGCUGGCAAGAGGUGGCAGAGGAGCGGGGUACCCAGCUGGCUAAAGUGCUGGCAGAGGCGGCAGCACUGACCUCGCGCCUGCAGGAAUGCCAGGAAGCGCUGGUGGCGGCAGGACAGACGGACGUGAUGAAGGAUGCUGAUACCUCAGAUGAGGUGGCUGCCGUGGAGGAGGUGCUGCGGCAGGCACUGGAGCUCGCCCGUGGUCCCCAGGAGCCCCCACCGGCCCCCCAGGCAGAAGAGGAACCCACGGUCAUCAGCAUGGCCAUGGACGGUGAGCGCUGGGCAUCGGCGCUGCAGCGGGCGCAGCGGGAGGCCCUGGAGCGGGAGGCCACGCGCGGCGCCGAGCAGGCACGGCAGCAGGAGCUCAUCCGCGACAUGAAGGGGCGGCUGCUGGAGCUACUGCGGGAGAAGGAUGCCCUGUGGCAGAAGACAGAGGGCAUUGACACCCCGGUGGCCAGUCCGGUGCCCUGCGACCCAGGGUUGUGUGCCCGCUGCCACAAGGAUUUCCGCCUCCUCUCCCGGCGAUACAGCUGCAGGCUGUGCCAGGGCAAGGUGUGCCACGCGUGCUCCGUGGGCAUGGGCAAGCACGGCCGCUGCUGCCUGAUUUGCUACCAGCAAAGGCACUCGCAGGCUACAUGAGGGGACAGCGGC